AUGCCGGCGGUGGCUAAACCGCUGGCCGGCGGGGGAAGCCCUGCUCCUCCACCUGAUAAUCUCGUAGGCCAUCGUAGGCCCCCGUCAGCUUCUUCCUCCCCGAACCCAAAAGGCGAUCGGGAAGCUCAACAAAGCAAGAAACGCGCAAAACAAACAGCCGAAAGAAUCCAUGUAGAGAGCGACUCGGAUGCCGUUCUGGAGGACGCACCGGAGAUGAAAGACAAACGUAAUGACUCGGGCAGCCCACCUGCGUCCGCCUGGACCUCCGGAACUGGGGCAGCCCGCCGACUCUUUAGCGAGUUCUUCAAUCCCGACGAAUGGUACGUAGCCGACUCUGAUUCGGAGGACGUGGCCGCUGCUAUCAGGGAAGAUGGGUUGGAGGAUGGAAUGGAGGUGAACGACGACCCUCUAUGUCCGAAUAUCCAUUUCGAAGCAGCAGAAGAGCGUCAGUUUUGCAGAAAGUUGAGGUCAGCCCUUGUCGUGAAGGUGCUGGGACGUUAUUCGUCUUACACUAUCGUGUCUCGGCGGUUAAACACCCUUUGGGCGAAGGCAGGAGGUAUCCAGGUUGCGUCAGCUAAAAAUGGAUACUUCAUUGUGCGAUUUACCAGUGGUAUCGAUUACGAAAGAGCAAUAACGGGCGGUCCGUGGAUGGUAGGGGAUAACUACCUAACAGUUCACACAUGGAAUAAGCAUUUUAACCCUUACAGCCACGAGAUCUCAUCAACUCUGGUCUGGGCACGUUUGCUUGAUAUUCCGGCUCAAUAUUUCAAUACUGAGGCUGUGACGAAGAUCGGGAAAUGGAUAGGGAAACCUCUACGGGUGGAUCAAGCAACGAGCAGGGGAGCUCGCCUGGACUACGCGAGAAUCUGUGUAGAGGUCGAUCUUUCAAAACCUCUUUUGUCCCAGUUCAAGAUCCAUGGAAUUAAGUACUUUAUCCAGUACGAGGGGCUUGAGAAAAUCUGCCUCAAUUGUGGAAAAUACUUCGAGAGAUCUGGCUGCUACUGCUCGACGACUACUGCCUCGCAACCAGCAGAGGAACCCAUGCCCAAAACACCAUGCAAAGAGACAGAUCAGGACCCAGACAAAAUUUAUGGGGAAUGGAUGAUUACCAAGAGAAGGCCGCGAACUACGCGACAAGGUCCGAGUUCCGUGACGAAACCCGCGGGGACUAAAGCCACUAAUGCAGACAAGGUCAGGGGCUCGGGCUCACGUUUUACAGCUCUUGUGGACGAAAACUGCAUGUAG